UUAAUUUUAAAAUGGCAGACGAAGAUGUUACUGUUAAAAAAACGACGAAACUACUUGGAGUACGUCAUCUUCAAGCGGUGCUGCUUUUUUUUGCAAUGCUCAUUGCUUUUUCGAUGCGCGUCAAUAUAAGCAUGGCAAUCGUCGCUAUGACGGAUACCACUCAAGAAAACUCAUUUGACUGGAGUAUGCAGACCCAGAGCGUGAUAUUAUCAUCCUUCUUCUGGGGCUACGUGAUACUUCAAAUCCCUGGUGGUGAGCUGGCUGCUAGGUUCGGAGGAAUGGUAUUGAUCAUUAUAUGCGUCGGAGUUAAUUCUGUUGUAUCGCUGUUAAUACCAACGGCAUCAUAUUAUGGUGGAUGGCAAAUCGUGUGUGCCUGUCGCGUACUACAGGGACUCUCCCAAGGGUUUCUUUAUCCUUCAGUUCACAACCUGAUUGGAAAAUGGGUGCCGUUGGAAGAGAAGAGCAGAUUGGGCACUUUGAUUUACGCUGGUGCACAACUAGGAACAGCUCUCCAACUUAUGGCUGCAGGAUUCAUAGCUGAUUAUUGGGGAUGGCCAGCAAUUUUCUACAUCGUUGGUGGGCUAGGUCUUAUCUGGAUGGUCGCCUAUGUCUUCCUCGGAGCUGCCUCACCAAGAGAUUCUAAGAUGAUUGGGGAAGAGGAAAGAAAUUUCAUAGAGAGCUCAUUGGGUCAUGUCGGCAGGGAUCAAAAGAAACUGCCGACUCCGUGGAAAGAUAUAUUUACGUCUUUAUCAUUCUUCGCUUUGAUCAUUGCGCAUUGCGGGCAGAACUGGGGUUUCUGGACUUUGAUGACUGAAUUACCUUCGUACAUGAAGCAGGUUCUGGGUGUGGAUAUUAAAUCAAACGGUGUCAUGUCAGCGUUGCCAUACUUGGCAAUGUAUCUGCUGAGUUUCCCGAUCGGAUUCAUGUCGGAUUAUAUCUUGAAGAAAAAAUGGCUAACAAUCACUGCCUGCAGGAAAUUAUCCAAUUCUAUUGGUCAUUUUGGUCCAGCGAUAGCUUUGAUCGGCCUGUCCUACGUGCCAGCUGGUUCAGUAGCGUUAGCAGUCACGCUUUUGACUUGCGUUGUUGGUCUCAAUGCUGGUCACUACACAGGUUUUAUGUUGGUUCACAUCGAUAUGGCGCCAAACUUCGCGGGUACUCUAAUGGGUAUUACCAACUGCAUUGCAAAUAUAAUUUCCAUCAUCGCACCUCUUGCAGCUGGCGCUAUCAUUCAAGACGAGAAUGAUCCAAAUGAGUGGCGCAAAGUAUUUUACGUAUCUUCAGGCAUCUACAUUGCUGCAAAUACAUUCUUCAUAGUAUUCGGCACAUCUAAGACACAAGAAUGGAAUGAAACCACAGUUACCAAAGAUGAAGAAAAAACUGAGAAUAACACCAAAUAUUGAGAUAAAUAAAAGGAGACGAAAACAUUUUAUGCAUUAUUAAGCGCAGUACCUGAUUGUAUAGAAAAGGAGUUACCAGAUUUUAAAUUCUAGUCCAGACUUUAAUUAUACAAUAUUUGUGAUGAGAAUACUUGUAACUGCAUAAAUAUAUGUUUGUAAGUCUUUAAGUAAUACCGAUCGUUUCAAAAUAGUCUUACAUAAGUACAUAAUAAUCGUUAAGUUAAGCUAAGCAGUGCCAUUCCAUUCGUGAAAUGUUCAAAAUAAGCUCACGGAAGUAGAACAUUUUGUUUUCAUAUGCUGGUUUCCGCACGAUGUUUUCUUCAACCACUGAACAUGAAUUAUUUAAAAAACUAAUCAAGCGAAUGAAACCAAUGAACCGUCACGACUAUGACGCUUAUUAUUUCAAUCUUUAAAUUCUUAAUUUUAUUUCGUUGUAUACGUUUCUUUAAAUUUCUAUCUCGAUUUAUUGAUGCGUUGGAAAUUAUGAGAAAAUUAUGUUAAUGAUAUUUAUCUUCAUUUUUAUUUCGUACAUAAUUUGCAGUUUUAUAUUUAAACGGCUUUUAUUUAAGAAGUAUUUUCAAAUUCUGAAAAAUAAUAAUUGAUUAUUUAGUGCUUCGCAAAUUAAAAAUUCGCAGCGUAAUUAUAAAGUUCAUAAAUUAAAUUAUGAAUUAUAUAUCAUAAAUUGAAACUAUGACGUAUAUUCAAAUUGGGUAAAUACUUAUAUGAUAGAAAAUGCUAUACUUUCUUAUAGUUUUGGCAAUUUGUGAAUCACAUUGACACAAUAAGCUGGGUAUACAAUAUAAAAAUAUGGGAAAAAGAUUUUGUGUUCCUAUCUUGUAACUAUGGGCGAUAAGGCUCAUGCUGAGGAUAUGCUCAGGCUCGUCCAGGUACCAAACACGAAUUCACUAUAUUGUAAUGCCAUCGGCAGUGAUCAGCUGUUGUGAAGGUUAGUUAUUCGAUCCAAGUAAGUCAAGUUAAUGAUAAUAAACAAUUUUACACUAGUGAUGUUAUGGCCCAUCGACCAUCUUAUUAUUUAAUAAAUAAAUCUAUUCAUAAAUUACACUAUUGUAUUGAAAUUUGACGGAACUAUUUUGUUAUGUAAAUAAAUAUUUAAGGAAUA